AGAAAUCACUUGGGAGGUGUUUAACUUGAGUCACAGAGAAAAUGAAAGUGAAAGGAUUUGUACCGUGUUUAUAAGAUCAGUGUAAAGGGUUGUUCAGUUCAUCUGUUCUAGAGGACAGCAGGCAGCAGCUUUGAAGAAAAUGGAUGAGUUUAAGAUAUCUUUCUCUGGAGAAUCUAAAUCAGAUUCCACCAUUCGGUGUCACCUGUCUCCUAAAAUCAGUGCUGCUGAUAUGGAGAUCAGAUGGUUUAAGGAAACAGACUGUGUGUGUUUCUAUAAGAACAGACGGUUGAUAUUGGGGGAGAGUUAUGAAGGCAUAAUGAGUCUAUGCACUGAGGAGCUAGAGAGAGGAAUUGUGUCCUUGCGGCUGAAGGAUGUCAGAGAAUCACAUGUUGGUGAUUACCUGUGUCAGGUCACCAGUGGAGACAGGACAGCAGAGAUAACAAUAAGGACAUCAAUAAAGGCCCAUGGAGAUCAUAAUGAAAUGCCUCUACAAACAACAUUAUCGACUGAACAGAUCGACAAAACAUGGACUAAUGAGGAGAGAAUAAAAAUGGCAAAUUCUGCUUUAUUGGCAGUUUUCAAUAGGCUAGAAAAAACAGCUGCACCAAAGGAAGAUCUUCAGGGCAACAAUGCUACAGUGCCACAGGCAGCAAAACAGGAAAAUAUAAGCAGACGUAUGAAUGAGAGCGUGAGUUUCCAAGAGACAGAGAUGGAAACCAGUAGCGGUACACCGGAGAAACAGGAAACUAAACAAAACACACAUCUGGGUGAUCAACAACCAGGAUGUCCAAGUCAAAGAUUACUAGACAGUGAUGUUAAAGUGUGCAUCUUUCGGACUGGAAAAACAAAUGGCUGUGAGAAGGAUUUUACUGACAUGCUACAAAGCAGAAUUGAGAAUCUGACAGAAGUUGGAUCAGUGGACGAGAGUAAUAUUAUUCUGGUUUUCUGUCCUGUUGUUUCCCGAGCUGGAACUGACAUUGACAAUGCACUUGAAAGAUUCAAUCACUAUACAGAUACUAAGUUGGGAGUUCUAGUGGUGCUUCAUCACACGUUUGACCCAGAGAAAACAGUUCCAGACAGCAGCAGAUCUAUCAAUAGGACAGACAUACUCACAGUGGACUGUCUGUUCUAUGAGGAUACAGGAUUACUGAAGAAUUGUCAGAAGAAUUUAGAUGCAUAUGACAAAGUUGAGACCUGGUUAAUACAGCAGGGGGGGCAAAGAGGUGUCAGAAAACGUCCUCGUGAAAUUAACCCAGGACAUAUCCAAGAUGCAGAACAUGAAAGAUGCAAAUUAAAUAAGAAAGGUUCAUCACUGACAUUGCUAGGAAACAACAAACCUAGUACAGUCCCAAUUCAUUUUCCAGAAAAGGUCAAAGUAUUCUCCAUUUUUGCUGGAAAGAUAAAAAGCUGUCAGAAGGAAUUUUUUGACAUUCUGAGAAACCGAACUGAGAAUCUGGAGGAAGCUCAUAAAGUGGACGAGAGUGACAUUGUUCUAGUUUUCUGUCCUAUUGUUUCUCGAGCUGGAACUGAUAUUGAUGCAGCCCUGAACAAUUUAACUUACCCUACAGAUUCUAAGCUGACUGUUCUAGUGGUGCUUCAUCACACGUUUGACCCAGAGAAAACGAUCCCAGACAGCAGCAGAUCUAUCAAGAGGACAGACAUACUCACAGUGGACUGUCUGUUCUAUGAGGAUACAGGAUUACUGAAGUGUCAGAAGAAUUCAGAUGCAUAUGACAAAACUGUGAACUGGUUAAAACAGCAGGCAUGGCCAUGGGGAUCUCCAAAACAGAAAUCUAAUGAGUUUAAGAUAUAUUUCUCUGGAGAAUCUAAAUCAGAUUCCACCAUUCGGUGUCACCUGUCUCCCAAAAUCAGUGCUGUUGAUAUGGAGAUCCGAUGGUUUAAAGAAACAGACUGUGUGUGUUUCUAUAAGAACAGACGGUUGAUAUUGGGGGAGAGUUAUGAAGGCAUAAUGAGUCUAUGCACUGAGGAGCUAGAGAGAGGAAUUGUGUCCUUGCGGCUGAAGGAUGUCAGAGAAUCACAUGUUGGUGAUUACCUGUGUCAGGUCACCAGUGGAGACAGGACAGCAGAGAUAACAAUAAGGACAUCAAUAAAGGCCCAUGGAGAUCAUAAUGAAAUUCCUCUACAAACAACAACAUUAUCGACUGAACAGAUCGACAAAACAUGGACUAAUGAGGAGAGAAUAAAAAUGGCAAAUUCUGCUUUAUUGGCAGUUUUCAAUAGGCUAGAAAAAACAGCUGCACCAAAGGAAGAUCUUCAGGGCAACAAUGCUACAGUGCCACAGGCAGCAAAACAGGAAAAUAUAAGCAGACGUAUGAAUGAGAGCGUGAGUUUCCAAGAGACAGAGAUGGAAACCAGUAGCGGUACACCGGAGAAACAGGAAACUAAACAAAACACACAUCUGGGUGAUCAACAACCAGGAUGUCCAAGUCAAAGAUUACUAGACAGUGAUGUUAAAGUGUGCAUCUUUCGGACUGGAAAAACAAAUGGCUGUGAGAAGGAUUUUACUGACAUGCUACAAAGCAGAAUUGAGAAUGUGACAGAAGUUGGAUCAGUGGACGAGAGUAAUAUUAUUCUGGUUUUCUGUCCUGUUGUUUCCCGAGCUGUAUCUGACAUUGACAAUGCACUUGAAAGAUUCAAUCACUAUACAGAUACUAAGUUGGGAGUUCUAGUGGUGCUUCAUCACACGUUUGACCCAGAGAAAGUGAUUCCAGACAGCAGCAGAUCUAUCAACAGGACAGACAUACUCAUAGUGGACUGUCUGUUCUAUGAGGAUACAGGAUUACUGAAGAAUUGUCAGAAGAAUUUAGAUGCAUAUGACAAAGUUGAGACCUGGUUAAUACAGCAGGGGGGGCAAAGAGGUGUCAGAAAACGUCCUCGUGAAAUUAACCCAGGACAUACCCAAGAUGCACAACAUGAAAGAUGCAAAUUAAAUAAGAAAGGUUCAUCACUGACAUUGCUAGGAAACAACAAACCUAAUACAGGAGAGUUCAAAGUGUUCUCCAUUUUGGCUGGAAAUAAAAAAAGCUGUCAGAAGGAAUUUUUCGACAUUCUGAGAAACCGAACUGAGAAUCUGGAGGAAGCUCAUACAGUGGACGAGAGUGAUGUUGUUCUAGUUUUCUGUCCUAUUGUUUAUCAUGCUGGAGCUGAUAUUGAUGCAGCACUGAACAAUUUAACUUACCCUACAGGUUCUAAGCUGACUGUUCUAGUGGUGCUUCAUCACACGUUUGACCCAGAGAAAACGGUCCCAGACAGCAGCAGAUAUGUCAACAGGACAGACAUACUCACAGUGGACUGUCUGUUCUAUGAGGAUACAGGAUUACUGGAGUGUCAGAAGAAUUCAGAUGCAUAUGACAAAACUGUGAACUGGUUAAUACAGCAGGGGGCAGAAAUAGGCAUCAAAAAAGCACCUCAAAGCAAAUCAUUUAGCCUUCCAAGCUUUUCAUUUUCACCUUGGAGAAAGUGACCUAUAUGGCAGGUAGCAGAAUGACACUGAGGAUCGCUUAUCAACCAUUCAGAAAGAUCCUGUGACAACUACAUACCUCGACUCUUCACAGUUGAGAUCUACUGUAGCUUGUGUCUAUCAAAUAAAAAUGUUUUCAGAGAGUGCUUAAAAAAAUGCAAUGUAAUCAGCUAAUUAUUAUUCAGUUUAUUCCAGUGACAGUAAACUAAAAAAAGAUGUCAUGUGUCUCAGAAGUCUUUGUUUGAUUGACUAUGGCAUCUGCUUGAAUUGUAUUCACAGAAGCCUAGCAUGUUGACAGGCUUUACAAACCAUUAUACAGAAUAAUUCUAUUGGCUACUAAUGUAUGCAAAUAAAUGACCUGACAAUGAAUGUAUACAAAGUAAAUUCUCAUUGCUGCAUGACAAAGCCGAUGUAUGAUAAUAAACUAAGGUUCAGUUCUUCUGUCUAAUUCCUAACAUUAAUGCAGAGGCCAAUAUAACUACCUACUGUAACAAAUUAACUAAAUUUCUGUGUAUUUUAUUUUAGAGAUUUUCAAUGUAUUGUUUCUGUGCUGGUGUAAAUUAAUCAUAUUUCAUCUGCAUGAUGUAUUGAUAUAUUUUGUCUGCUACUGUGCCUUUAGUCAAAAUCUUAUCCUGUCAAAAGAAAAAUACUUAUAAUUACAAAUCAUAGUAAAUGAGUUGUAAAACUGUAAAGUGUGUUUGUGUCCUAUGUUUAACUGGAAAAUAUUUUUAUGUUAAUAAUCAGAAUAGACCUAAAAAAGUGCAGUGUACUGUUUGAGUGCAUGCAUUACUCCGGGAUAUUGGUUUGUUUGAACUCAGAGGAAGUG